AUGGAUGUCCUGAUGGUCCCGAGAGCCUGGAGACGGUCAGCGAAGAGGUCUGGCAGGUUCAGCACCUUCGAGGCCAGCAGCCCCAAACAGUGUGGGGAUGUUAUAAACAGCAGCUGCACGUCUGCACAUUCCCACAGUGCUUUUAUUUUUGUUGGAGAUAGGCAGCCAGACAAAGCCAUCCCACCUCCAAAAUGUUUUCCACCUUCAAGCCCUGAGAACAGUUUGGCUACUGGAAUGCUGCAGGCUGCUGACACCAGUUCACCCAUGGAAGUUCACAUCAUAUGUGGCAGAUGCUGUUUGGCAGCUGUUGAGGCAUCUGCACUGAGCUGGGGAAGAACGUCCUGGGGUGAGGAAUCAAGAAGUGACUGUGGAAGGGGGGACCUGGCACUAAACCCCAUCAUUGACUCCAUCACCAUGGCCCAGCCAUGGCUCCAUCUCUGCAUCUGCCUCCAGAUCCCAGGCUUCUGUAUGAAUCUAUUUUUAUCCCAGACUCCAGAGCAUAUUUUAGCACAAGCCAACAACAGAACAGAAAUCCUCUGUGAGCUGAAAAAGGGGUCUGCUGGGGUGUACUGGUACUGCUGGAGCCAGGAGAGACAAAAUUGUGAGUUCUUGCUAUUUUCCAGCCCCUUGGGCAAAGCCACAUAUGGCACAGACACCAACCAGAACAAGCUUGGAGUCCCCAGGGUGAGUCCCAGCACCUCUUACAGGCUGCACAUCAGCCACCUCCACACCUCAGACAAUGGCACCUACUACUGCUCCAUCUCCCAGUCCUCCCAGCUCCUCCUGGGCACUGGGACACGACUUGUUGUAGUUGAUGUUUUGCCUCUGAAGACCACUCUGGCACCAAGCUCCCCAAAACCCAUGUGGUGCAUCACCAAAAGCAAAGCUGCCAGCAAGAAAGGGACAGAACCAGGCUGCCCUGGGAUCCAUGGCCAGAAGGACAAGUUGAGAACCAAGUUUUGUGACAGCAGCAUCAUCACACCCCCCCGGGAGGGACAAUGGCUGGAGCUGGAGAGUCUGACUGACAAGGAGAACACUGGUGUAUUCUGGGUCCACCAGGACAAUGAUGGUUCACUUUGUUUUCUUCAUCACUUUCCUGUCCUGGACCACCUCCAAGGAGAAGGAGAGGACAUCUCCCUCCUGCUCCUCAUCACCAUCACACUGUGCCAGUGUAAGACUCACCCAUAA